AAGCAAGUCGGCAGGCGACAGUAGGUGCUUGAUUCUCGUGCCGGCAGUUGUAAAUAGUUCAGUUUUUAAUAAUGAACGACGUUAGCCUGCGCGUAUCAGCUUUAAAGCUGUGCGCGCAUCCAAAGCGAUUUAGCGAGAUGCGCAAUGCACUGGUCCCACUGCCGUCGAAGUGGCGAAACUCACCAAUCGACUAUGUGGUGGAAUUUGCUCAGGCCAACAAUUGUGCCAAACAACUGUCCGUAGUGAAGGAUGCCUUCGAGAAUCCGCGCUCACUUCCCUUUCUGGCCGAUAUCCUUUUUUUAUGCCCUCUGAAGCACCCCGUGCGCGGCGUUCUGACCAGACUGUUCUCAGGUGCCGAGAGCAGCAAACGCUCCCCAAUCACUCACAGCAAGGAGAGCAUACUGAACGCCCUACGUUGUGCUCUACGCCAUGUGUCCGUCAACAUCAACAAUAGCUGCGCCUGCCCCGACGAGAUAAACGACCUCUUUGUCUCGGUCAGUGGCUGCCUGCAGAACUUUCCGUUCGGACGCGAUGCGCUGGCCCUGGAAAUUUACUGCUUAAUACCAUUGGUGCCCAAGGCUAUGGCCAUCUUCUGGGGCUUAUUAAGUGGCACAGACACAGAGAUCUCGCCGACGCGUCGCAACGAGUGUUACUUAUAUCUGCAGAAUCUGUUGCGCUUCCACGUCAACUACAUGACUGAGUUUAGGUCAGAGCUAGUGCCUGAUCGUUGUACGCCAUUGAAGUCCAUUGACGCGAUUGCCGAGCAGGCAUCCCGCCAUGUGGAUACGCCGUGGGAUGUGCGCGCCGUUGCCGGCCUCGCAAUUGGCCAUAAUGCGCGUCUGUUUGAUGAUUUUGGCAAUUAUCUGCUCAAGUGUCAAUCUCUGAAAGAUUUCAACGAUUUACCCAUGAAGGCCGCAGCGCUGCUGAUGCUGCAGAAGAGCGACUACGACGUCUAUGCUGCCCAAGCACUGGACAUACUGAGGUGCAUUUUGGAGCAUGUCGAGAGCGCCAGCAACGUUAGCAACUUCUUGGUCUAUCUGUCCAAGCAUCUGAAUACCUAUUCGAAAUCGUUGGGCGGCAUUAAGUUAACCGAUCGACCUCAGAUCAUAUAUAGCCUGAUAUUGGCCCUGCUCAUGCGCUUCUCCUUGGAGCACAUCACGAGCAACAUCGAAACGAUACGACACAUGUGCGCCAGCUUAUUGCAUCAGGUGCUUGAGCACUGCAAGGCCGCCGGCCAGACAAAAGUCAUGUCACAGGUCUAUAUACAGUACGAGCGUCAGCGCAUGCCGCUCCCAUCCGUCUGCCUGAUGCUGCAGCAAGUGGUCGAGGUGAUGGGCGUCAAGGCGGUGAUGACGAAUUGUCCGGGCAUCUUUGAAAAAUUGUUUAUUCCCCAUCUGGGGCGGGAGGAUAGCGUCAAUUCGCUGUUCAAAAGCAUGAUGACCGUUGCCCACCAGGAGGAGGCAUCCAAGGACUGGAGGCGCCUGUGGUGUUCACUGCUUUAUAGGUCCGCUGUACCCCGCGACGAACGCUUGAUCUGCAUUGAGCGCCUGAUCAAGGCCGCCGUUAACCUCGAUGAUGAAGUGCUGCCCGAAUUGAUGAUACAGCGCAAUUUGCCAUUCAGCACCAAACUGGCAGCCAUGCUGACGGCACGUUGUCAUGGCCAGCAGCGUGCGGUCAAGACGCUGUUCGUCGAUCAUCUGGGUGAGAUCAGCUCAGCGCUGAUUGGCGUCGAUGACAAUUCCCGGCUGUUGGCCCUCUCCUUUGUGGUCGAUACGCCACGCCUCAGCGAGCGGUAUACGCAAUUCGAGCUGGACUCCAUCAUUACCUAUAUUGAGUUCAAUGCCAACAAUCCCAAUGCCCAUGUGCGCCAAAUUGGCCACGGCCUCUUGCAGAAGGCGGUGAAGCGACUGGAAUAUAAUCUGGCCCAGCAGCUGAAGAACAGCCCACAGGCCGUAAAUGAAGAUAAUAUACUGAUCAUUUUUGUGAACAAGCUGCUCGACAUGCUGGCCAUGAAUCUGUUUCCCACCGCCAACUACGGCCGGCGCUGGCUAUCGUUGCGCCUCCUGAAUGAUUGCAUCCAAAUGAUGGAACGUCUCAAUUUGGCCUGGCGACAGCGCAUGCCGCCACAGUUGUGGCCCUAUUUGGAUUACUGUCUGCGCGACAGCUAUGAGCACAAUAAGGUGCAGGCCGCCCAGCUGUUGGCCAAAUUCCAGGCCUGCUGUCCAUAUGACCCAAUGGAAAUCUUGGAGCAGCUAAAGUCGGUGCGUGUGACAGACUCCUCCAUGGCCGUCUAUCGCCUGCAGGUGUACUGCAAGGCAGCCGAGGUGGCACUGAUACCGCCCCUUAGUCAAAAGGCUGCGAUUCCCAAGCAUCAUGCACGCGACUAUGUUGUCCUACAGAUGUGCCUGAAACAUUUGCGGAAGGGCGCUGGCCUGGCCGCUAUCGACUUGACGGAGGCGGCCAAAACGAAUCCGUUGUAUGGCCUGCUCUUCGCCAGCCGGCACUUGCUGCUCCAACUCGAGCUGAAGCCCCUGGCCGAGGAUGCGCUCUGGAUUGAUUAUAUUGAGGAUCUGCUGAACAUCUGUGUCACAAUCACUGACAUCAUGCUGCCCAUUGUGGGCAGCGAUUCGCCGGAGGGCAUGUUGCCGGGACAACAGAAGCCACCGGCCGAACCCACAGAGGAUGCCGAUAGGCAGGCCGAAUUGGAUACGCUGUCUCUGGUGCCGCAGAUGGUGUUGCUGAGCGCCUGGCGCAGCAUCAAGGAGAUUGCCCUGAUCAUGGGCGAUUUGGUGCAGCGUGCCCCGCUCGAGCAGGAGCGUCAACAUCACUAUUUGCUCAGCCAAAUGCAGGUGGCGUUGAUUGGUGAUCAGUUUAUAUUGCUGCUGGCGGACGUCAAGCAUCGCGGCGCCUUCGAGCAGGCAUAUGUGGGCUUCACCUGGCUCUGCCGUCGCUUCUGGCACAGCGAUGAGCCGGCCCUCAGUCAGCUGCCGCCCAAGUGGCUGGACGAGGCAAUGCGCCUGGUCAGUGGCCUGGGCGACAGGGAGCUGUGCUCCACACGCCGCAGCGCCGGCAUGCCCUAUAUGCUGCAGGCGCUGAUCUGUACCGAACUGAAGCUGGGCACCCACAACACCUUCAAGCGUAGCAUGUCCCUGCUGAUGGAAGUGUGCGAGCGUCAAGAGCCGGGCGCUGAUGCGGCCAUUGCACGCAGUCAUGCCAUGAAUAUAAUGCGUGCGCUCUUCCGCUGCAGCGAGCUGGCCGAUGUGGUAGGCGAUUUUGUGGGGCGUGGCAUUCAGUGCGCCCUCGAGAGCAUAAUGGCCGCCGAGUGGAAUGAGCGCAAUAGUGCCACACUGAUGCUCUCUGCGCUGAUGGUGCGCGUCUUUGGUGUGGAGCGCGCCCGCUCCGAUAGCGGUGAGCUGCACGUGCGCAAUCGCAUGACCGGACGGAUCUUCUUUACACGCUAUCCCAAGCUCUUUGACUACUUCUAUGAGAACCUGAGCAAGGCAGCCGAACGGUGUCGCGCCUCGCCAAAGGGUGGCCAGACGGUGCAGCUGGAGGCCAUGCUGCAGUUGCUCUACCGCCUCUAUCCAUCCUCCAUGGAGGGAUCCGAAACUAGUCUGAAUCUCAGCGCCUUUGUGCCCUUCCUGGAGGCAAUCACGUGCGUGAACGAUAGCACCACACGAUAUCGCAGCUGCGAGGUCUUAGCCAACUUUGGGAAUGCCACCUUGGCCAUUGAGCACAUUCGCCGCAUUACAACGAUGUUCACUGUGAUCAACUUUAAGCACAAGAGAGGCGAACCCUUUCCCAAAAAUAUUAAUCUAUUGCACGGCAAGGUGUUGCAGCUGAAGGAGCUGUACCGCGUUGCUCGCUGGCAGGAUGUGCGGCUGAUCAGCGCUAUGAUGUAUAUGAUGUCUGUGAUCGCUGUGAAGAUGAUACAUCACGAUAUGUUCAUCUUUCGCACCAUUGUGAUGGUGUUGACGGACGCGCUGCUGGAUCUGCAGGACUGCAGACAUAUUGGGGCGCCGGUGCUCAAUGCUUUGAUCGCCAUCUAUGACCUGGACCAUAUGUUGAUCUAUCGUCGGUGCAAGGAAUAUACCGUGUCGCCGAAAUUCUUUGCGAUAUUCGCACUGCAUUUGCACCGGCUGACCCUGAAGCCGGAUGGCCUCCUGGAUCACAUGUUUAAGAUGCUGGUGCAACCGGAUAAUCUGCCAUCGAAGCUGCAGCAGGUGAAGAUCGAUUUGUGGCUGUAUACGCUCAUCGAUCAAGUCGCCUCCGGCGGCAGCAAAGCACGUGGCCUCAUCGAACCCUACGAGCUGAAGUACUUCGAUUUCGAUCCCGAUGUGGUGGCCUAUUACAAGACGCUGUCGCUCAGCCAGCGCACCAAUCUGGCUAACCAAUUGCGUGGAUCAAAGCAGGUGAAGCUGCAUGCGACGAAAAUGGCCGGAAUAAUUGAUUGCUCGCCACAGUGGGCGCCGGGCCUGUCGUGCCGUGUGUUCACCGUCCUGGCCCUGCUGAAUGACGUCGAUAUGUCGAUGAUGCAGCUGCUCGAUCGCGGCGGCUACGAUGUGGAGCCAGGCGUUACCAUUUGCCUAACGCGCCUCAUCAUGGACAACGGCAUGCUGAGCAACUAUCAGUAUUACUGGGACGAACUGAUCCGCUACGCUGUGGUUAACUCGACGCCCAAGAGGCCGGUUUAUAUGCGUUACAGAUCCGCCCAGCUGCUGGACCGAUUGACCGUGCACGUUCAGCAAAUCAUCCACUCGGAUAACGUGGUCAUCAUUGGCAACUAUAUACGUCUGGUGCUGCAGCUGCUCGUCGAUGAGUCGGAGAUGGUGCGCAAUUACACAGCGGAAUUGGCGUCCAGCUGCAUGGGCCUCUAUUUGUCUGGCGAGUGGACGCUGGAGAGUGUCUUAGAUGUGACUAUGCUGCCCGUUGAGGCGGAGAAGUUCUUUUUGGAGCACAUGUUCGAGGCCCUUCAGCGCUACAAGACGGAUGGCAAAUUCCUGAUCACCUGUUUCAAUUUGAUUGUGGAACCAUUCGUCAGUUUCGAGCUGUUGAGCCAUCGCAUCCUCGAUGAGGCGCCAUCCAAGAGUUUUAGUAUCGAUGACGAACCCGAGAGCGAAAUCUUCGAUAAGCAGGAGGUCAAUCAGUACUGUGAGGGAUUGCGUAUUGCUUCGGUAGUGGCGAAGAGUUUCAAGGUCGCAUUUGCAAAUAAUGAGGAGCUGAUGACCGCUCUCGAUGCCGUGGAGAGAAUGUGCUCAUAUAAAGGAUUUACCGAGGAACCAAUUCCUCCAAGAAUCAUCUCCUAAAACAAACACACAAACAGCACACACAAACAUCACACACAAACACACUAAGGCCACACCAUUAGUACAAAACCUAAACAUGAACGAAGGAAGGAAAGAAAGAGAGAAUGAAUGAAACUACAAGCUGCAUUUAAAUCCAAUUGGAUUUUUUAUAAAACACACGCAUUUAUCAUGCACAUAAUA